GAAAAGCGGAGUUUUGGUGAGAAGGAAAAAUAGAGAAGUGUGUGUUCUUGAUUCGUAUUAGAAGAGCAAAGUAUAUAAAAUGGCCGAUAUUGUUGUUAGCUUCUUGCUAAACAACUUGCCACGGCUCCUUGAGGAUGAAUUUAAGUUACUUUCUGGUUUAGAAGACAAAAUUAUUUCCCUCACCGAUGAGCUUAAGUUUAUUGACUUAUUCCUCAAGAGCUCCGAGGGAAAGCGCAGCAACGAUUUUGUGAAACUAUUGGUGAGCCAAAUAAGAGAUGUUGCCCAUCAAGUUGAGGAUGUGAUUGACAUCUACAUCUCCAAUGUCACCAAACACAGAAACAGAAACGUCUUUAAAAAGUUACUCCACUUCCCACCACACGUGAUGGAGCUUCACGAUGUUAAUGUUCUAAUAGAGAAGAUCAAGAGCCGUAUUGAUGAAAUCUACAAGAACAAGGAGAGAUACGGCAUUGGAGAAGGCGAAUUUAAAAGUGAGGAAGAAGUAGUAGUUAUGGAAUCACUCCGUAUUGUUGUUUACUUCACUAUGCACUGAUUUGAAGAUGAUGAUCCAUCUGAGAUACUUGAAAAUAGUUACAUUUGAAAGAGAUAUUUCAGCUUAUAUAUGCAGCCUUCGGAAUCUAGAAACGCUACAUAUAGAAUACAUAUUCCCAUUAGGAUUACAAGGAGGUCUUGGAAUGGGAAGGUGUAGAGAGCUAUCAAGCCUAACCAAUCUUCGUUCGAUAAAAUUAAAAAACUUUGACAAGCUUCCCUUGGAGUUUCCUUCAAGUGUUGUGAAUAUAACAUUGAAAGUUAGUCAUAUAUGCUCAACAAGGAUAUCAUGAAAACUCUGGGACGGCUUGCCAACCUCCAAAUCUUGAAACUAAACGCACUUGUUGGUCUUUCUGACCUCAUGAUUUGUUUAAUAACAUUU